UAUACGUUUUUUUGCAACUGUAGAUUGAUAUUAGGUAUGCCACGUAGGAUUAUGUUUGGUGGGCCAAGGUGAUUAAGUUUUUAGUGUGUGUGAGUAGUAUUUGUAGGGUGUGUGAAUAGAAUACAAUAUAUUGCAUUUUAUUUUAUUUUAUUUUUUUUUAUUUUUUUUUCCUGGAAGAGGUUGCGUAGGUCUAGGUUGCAGUUUUAGGGUUGCCAGUGUGUAUUUUCGCUGAAUCUGGUCGUCUUCCGUGAAGUUGUUCGUGGUUCGUCGAGUAGGUUUGUUUGGGUUGGGUUUAUUUGGUGGAGGUGGAAUCGUCUUCUCGUCAGAAGGUUUAUCUGGGUAGGUUGAUUUGGGGGAGGAGGGAUUGGAUAUUAAGUUUUUCCCCCCAAAGAUGAAUUCGUGAUUUGAAUUUUGAAUUGUAGGGUAUUUUCCCUCCUAAUUGGAUUUUUGUUGCCUAUAAAUUGGUGAUUGUGGACAGUUGUUUCUUGUGUUCUGAUUACUAAAGGGUAUAGUUAAGACCGAAGAUAUGGUGUUUUGCGAAAACAAGAAGUUGGAUUGUAAGUUUGAAGAUGUUGCUGAUUUAUUACCUGGGAAAGAAAUUGGGGCUAUUAAGGUUAGGGUUCUUCGUCUGUGGAAAGUACCUGCUUUUAUGAAUCCAAUGGAGUUCAAUUCACUUGAGAUGGUUCUAUGUGAUGGGAAGGGGGGGAAAAUUCAUGCUUCUGUUAGGAAGCAACUUAUUAAUAUGUUUGAUUCGAAGUUGGAAGAGGGCGGAGUGUAUGAGAUAUCCUCUCUGUCUAUUUUUCCCGAGAGUGGUUUGUAUCGAACGACUCUUCAUCGAUACAAGCUUGGUUUUCAAAGUAAGACUGUAGUCAAACCUUCUCAGAGUUCUGAUAUAUCGCAAUAUGGUUUUAGCUUCACAAACAUUGAUGAGAUUUGUUCGUUUACUCAUGAUUAUGAGUUUCUGGUUGAUGUUGUUGGCGUUAUGACUGGGAUAUCUGCUGAGCGAGAGUAUAUAAGGGAUGGCAAGAUUACUAAGAUGGUUAACAUUGAGCUUACUGAUCACACUGGUAAGUGUGAAUGUGCUUUGUUUGGUGACUAUGUUGAUGAUUUAAAUAAGAAGAUGGGGAAAUUGACUUCUGGGUUGCCCAUUGUUGCUGUUCAAUUUGCAAAGGUGAAGAUGUUUAGAGACAAGGCAUCUAUUCAAAAUGUUUUACAUGCUACUAGGAUUUUUGUUAAUGCUGAUAUUCCAGAGCUCGAAUCAUUUAAGAGCAGUAUUGCGGUGCAUGGUAUUGAGAGCGAUACUAUUGUUCCAUUGAUUGGUAGUCAGCCAAGACCUUCUCUUGAAGAAGAAUUUCUUCAGAUGCAUCCCAAAAAAACGGUGGCUCAGUUGAAUGUUUUGGUUGAGGAUGGUGUUUUUGCUGUUUGUGGUGAAGUUGUUGGUGUAGUAGAUAGUCAGAAUUGGUGGUAUCCUGCGUGCAAAUGUCACAAAGCUGUAGUUCCUGAUUCAGGUUCUUACUUCUGUAGUUCUUGUGACAGACAUGUUUUCCAAGUUAUACCAAGGUUUAGGGUAAAGUUUGAAAUUGUGGAUGGUGAAUCAUCUUGCAUUGUAGUUGUGUUUGAUUCUGAAAUGAGCUAUAUUCUUGAAAAAUCAUGUGCAUUUUUUGUUGCUCAAUCAAAGGCUAGAAAUGGUGGACCACAUCCUAUUGAGUUUGAUGGUUUGAUUGGGAAGAAAAUGUUGUUUGCUGUUGCAGUGUCUGGUAAGCAGUCUUCUAUGGGUGAUGGUUCAUAUAGGGUAAGAAGAAUUUGUAUGGACCCUGUUAUUAUUGAGAAGUUCUGUUCUCAAGGAGGUUUUUGUACUCCAACAAAGGUGAUGUCUCCUGUUGUUGAUUUCGAAUCCGAAAGCUUGAGUGAUGAUAAUGUUGCUGAUGAUGAUUCUGAGGCUCUCCAAUUUGUUGACAAUCUUAUAGUUACUCCACCUACUUCAAGUGUUGACAUUGAUGAUGAAAGUGAUGGUCCGUUUGUUGUUAAGAGGAAUCUCUCCAAAGCAUUUGAUGGAGCUGCUAAGCCUAAGCGUAGUAUUCGUCUAAAAAAAGUCAAAAUUGAGAAGGAUUGA